UCCCUUCCGCAGCACCCUCCUUGAAGACAAGAACAUUUUUAACAAGCAUUUUGAUAAAAAGGAAAUAUAAGCAUUUUAUUUUUGGGGGAAAGAAGAACAAGGAGAGGAAAAGAAUCUCACACAAUACUCAUCCUCUGCUCAAAGCUGAGCGCCAGACAACACCACCAAGAUGCCGAUAGCUCUAUCUCCUCCCUUCCGGCCAAGGCCUGGCCUGACCAAGUUCACCAACUGCCGCCUCCUGCGCGGCGACAAGCUCGUCCACGAGGACCUCUGGGUCAGCUCCGUCUCCGGCAAGGUGGUCAACAGCCAGGCCGCCUUCUUCGACGACCUUGUCCUGCCGGACCAGACCAUCGACCUCGGCGGUCGCAUCGUCUCGCCCGGCUUCAUCGACGUGCAGCUCAAUGGCGCCUUUGGCUUCAACUUCUCGACGCUGCUCGACGACAUGUCGCAGUACGGCAAGAAGGUCAAGGAGGUCCAGAAGCUGCUCGUCCAGACGGGCGUCACAUCCUACAAUCCCACCAUUACUAGCCAGAGGCCGGAACUAUACCAGAAGGCCCUCCCGUUCCUGGGACCGUCCGGACACCUGCAAGAUGCCGAAGACGGGGCCGAAUCCCUCGGCGCGCACUGCGAGGGCCCGUUCCUCAGCCCGACCAAGAACGGCGUGCACAACGUCGACGUGCUGAUCGAGGCGCAGACGUUUGAGGACCUCGAGGCGUGCUACGGCAAGCACAACCUCACGCCGCGCGCCGAGGGCGAGCGCAUCCCCAUCAAGUACAUCACGGCGGCGCCGGAGCGCGGCCAGAUGAUGAAGCUCAUCCCGGAGCUCACGGCCCGCGGCAUCACCUACUCGGUCGGCCACUCCGAGGCCACGUACGAGCAGGCGUCCGAGGCCGUCGGCCAGGGCGCCACCAUGAUCACCCACCUCUUCAACGCCAUGCGCCCGCUGCACCACCGCAACCCGGGCAUCUUCGGCGUCCUGGGCAUCGCCGAGAGCCUGCCGCGGCCGUACUUUGGCAUCAUCGCCGACGGCAUCCACCUGCAUCCGACCACGAUCAAGAUUGCCUUCAACUCGCAUCCCGACGGCUUCAUCCUCGUCACCGACGCCAUGCACCUCGUCGGGCUGCCCGACGGCGCAUACCCGUGGACCAACGGUGACACGACGUGCAACAUUGUCAAGGUGGGCUCCAAGCUGCUGCUCGAGAACUCGGACACGAUUGCCGGCAGCUCCAUCACCCUCCUCGAGUGCGUCAACAACUUCCUGCAAUGGACAGGCACCGGCAUUCCUCACGCCCUCAGGGCUGUCACGGCCACGCCCGCGGCCAUGCUGGGCCUCCAGGGCGUCAAAGGAUCGCUCGAUGCCGGUGCUGACGCCGACUUGGUCAUCUUGUCCGAGAAACAGACGCCCGGUCAGCCCAGCACUCUGGUCCUGGACGAGGUGUGGAAGUUUGGCACCAGAGUUCACCGAGCUGUUCACGAUUCGUAAGGGUGACGAUGUGAUGGGAAGGGGAACGCCGGAAAUGGUUACUUGACCUUACGCAACCGGCCAUGGGUCUCGUGGACUGGAUGGGUUCCGACGGAAUGAUUGAACGAGUCGACCUGCAUCUGACUGCUGCAGGUAAUAUUUUCCACCCGCCAAACACAACACUCACACAUUACAUGCAACAAAAUGAAAAGGCACGGGUGUUUCCUUUUCUGUUUCGCUUCUCUGUUCUAUAGAUUGGGCAUUUACUUUGAAAAUUGCUGGGCGUCAUUAGCAGAUCCGCAUUAGGUACCUUUUUCGUUGC